UCAGACAACAUGGACGCGGAAAGUGGCAGCGAUUUGCCACUUAAAAGAAGAAGGCGCCGGGACCCAGAAGAGCCAGAAAAAAACGAAUCGAACGCUAGAGAAUUGGCAGUGGCGGUGACGGUAGCCCAAGAGAACGAUGAGGAGAAUGAAGAGCGCUGGGUUGGGCCAUUACCUGUGGAGGCAACACUGGCCAAAAAGAGGAAAGUUCUAGAGUUUGAAAGAGUCUAUCUUGAUAAUCUCCCCAGUGCAUCCAUGUACGAGCGCAGUUAUAUGCAUAGAGAUGUUAUCACCCAUGUGGUAUGCACCAAGACAGAUUUUAUUAUUACUGCCAGUCAUGAUGGACACGUUAAAUUCUGGAAAAAAAUAGAAGAGGGAAUUGAAUUUGUUAAACAUUUUCGUAGUCACCUUGGAGUUAUUGAGAGUAUUGCAGUUAGCUCUGAGGGAGCUUUGUUCUGUUCUGUGGGUGAUGAUAAAGCAAUGAAGGUGUUUGAUGUAGUGAACUUUGACAUGAUCAAUAUGCUGAAGCUUGGCUAUUUUCCUGGACAGUGUGAAUGGAUCUACUGUCCAGGGGAUGCCAUAUCUUCAGUUGCUGCUUCUGAGAAGAGUACAGGAAAAAUUUUUAUUUAUGAUGGUCGAGGAGAUAACCAGCCACUUCAUAUUUUUGACAAACUUCAUACAUCACCUCUUACUCAGAUACGGCUAAACCCAAUUUACAAAGCAGUAGUGUCUUCUGACAAAUCUGGAAUGAUUGAGUACUGGACUGGGCCUCCUCAUGAAUAUAAAUUCCCCAAAAAUGUGAACUGGGACUAUAAAACUGACACAGAUUUAUAUGAAUUUGCCAAGUGUAAGGCUUAUCCAACCAGCAUAUGUUUUUCACCCGACGGAAAGAAAAUAGCAACUAUUGGUUCUGAUAGAAAAGUUAGAAUUUUCAGGUUUUUAACUGGAAAACUCAUGAGAGUCUUUGAUGAAUCAUUAAGUAUGUUUACAGAACUACAACAGAUGAGGCAACAGCUACCAGACAUGGAAUUUGGCCGAAGAAUGGCUGUAGAACGUGAAUUGGAAAAGGUGGAUGCUGUAAGAUUAAUUAAUAUAGUUUUUGAUGAAACUGGACACUUCGUGCUGUAUGGAACAAUGCUGGGCAUUAAAGUUAUAAAUGUAGAGACGAACCGGUGUGUGCGGAUCUUAGGCAAGCAAGAAAAUAUCAGAGUGAUGCAAUUGGCUUUGUUUCAGGGAAUAGAAAAGCAUCGUGCUGCGACUACUAUAGAGAUGAAAGCUUCUGAAAACCCUGCUCAGAAUAUUCAAGCUGACCCAACAAUAGUCUGUACAUCUUUCAAGAAGAACAGAUUUUAUAUGUUUACCAAACGAGAACCAGAAGAUACAAAAAGUGCAGAUUCUGACCGGGGUUUUAAUGAGAAGCCUUCCAAAGAAGAAGUCAUGGCAGCUACUCAAGCUGAAGGACCUAAACGAGUUUCAGAUAGUGCCAUUAUCCACACAAGCAUGGGGGAUAUUCACAUCAAACUUUUUCCUGUUGAGUGCCCUAAAACAGUGGAAAACUUCUGUGUUCACAGCAGAAAUGGUUAUUAUAAUGGGCAUACAUUUCACCGUAUAAUCAAGGGUUUCAUGAUUCAGACAGGAGACCCAACAGGUACAGGUAUGGGAGGAGAAAGCAUAUGGGGAGGAGAAUUUGAAGAUGAGUUUCAUUCAACAUUGCGACAUGACAGACCAUACACACUCAGUAUGGCCAAUGCUGGAUCAAAUACUAAUGGAUCCCAGUUUUUCAUAACAGUAGUACCAACGCCGUGGCUUGAUAAUAAGCACACAGUAUUUGGACGUGUAACUAAAGGAAUGGAAGUUGUGCAGAGAAUCUCCAAUGUCAAAGUCAAUCCCAAAACAGAUAAGCCUUAUGAGGAUGUCAGCAUUAUAAAUAUCACUGUCAAGUAAAAUAAGACUUGUUUCAUUUGCAAAUAAAAAUGUAAAUGUUAAACACAAGAUUUUUUUUUUUUUAAUUAGGAAGCUUAGGGCUUGCUGAAUAUACAAUCAUGUUUUAAAAAAUGCAAUACUGUAUUUUUAUAUUUGUUAUUAAAGGCCAUUUUGUAAAAGCUGCCUUUAAUUUUUCUUUUAGUAUUUCUAAUCCUGAGCAAAUUGAUUAAAAUGAACAAAAUUGGGCAAACAGUCUUCUUUCUCAUGAGACUCAAAUUAAAUAUGAAAUCAUAAAAUAAUGAUAACGGUACAUAUUUGUUCCUUAACUUUUUAAAUAUAUGUCAUAUAGAAAUGUACCUUUAUAAAUGUAUAGGAGGGCAGACCCCUUUACAAAAAAAUACUGGGAUCUGAUACUAUAUACCAUUUCCUUUCUUUUACAGGAUUUUUGUUCAUACCACAUAUUUUUGUCUUUUGAUCACUGUUAAGAAGUAUUGGUAAACAAACCAUCAGUAAGUCAAUAGGAAGCCCCGUUGGUCAAAAACAUUAUAUUCUUUAAUACUAUUAAAUAUCCAAACAUAAGAAUCAAAAUAAAUGAUUACUUAAGUACUUGGUUAUUUUAUGCAGGUUUAUUUGCUACUUUGGUAUUUUUCUAAUGUAGCUAAACAAUUUUUUCUUCUCCUCCAGUUAUAAUAUAUCAUACUAAAUAAAUAUACCAUCAAGGAAUAUACAUAAGUUAAAAUUUGGUGUGUCUAAUAAUAGAUUACUAGAAAUUGGAGCAAUAAAAUGUUCAAAUUUAUAUGCUCAUUUUUUCUUCACUUACCCUUACUUAAUAAGUUACUUAAUUACUUAUUACUUGUAGGGAUUCAUGUUCCUAUAAUUAAUCAGCAGGAUUAUUUCCUAUAUUAGGUACCACAAACAUACAAGAUGGAAGAAUAUGCUAAAUUAUGGAUGUAAUAAAAGAAUAUUGUGCCCUCUUUAUUAAAAGUACAACUUAACUUUGACCUAAAAUGACUUUGAACUGUGACUUUUACCUUUUCUUCCUUAUUUUAGGUGUUAAGCUUGACUACCUCGCUUUUUAUUCAUUCAUAAACCUUAAUCUGAAUUUUUGGUAAGACUGCCACCAAGUGGUGAUGAUGCCUCAUUUCCCCCCAAAUAUAAGUAUUUUGCUUUGAAAUUCUUAUUUGAUUAAAGAAUUUUUCCAUUCCUUGUCAAAAACUUAACCUGAUUGGUUAUCUAAAAAUAUACAGUGCAAUGACUUUCUUUAAAGCGUGUUUUGAAUUGUUAUCAAGGUAUAAUCUCAGAUUUACUCAUUAGUCCUUUUCAUUCAUUUUUUUUAAGGAAGAGUACAGCUCUGUCCCCUUAUCACUUUGUAAGUUGAAAACUAACCCAAUGUUAUAUAAAGUUUUUCUCUUAGCAAUACUAAUUCAUAGGCUGGUCGGAUUUUUCAAGUCUUUUUUUAAAAAUUUAAACUGAGGGAGGGGCUUACAUAUGCCACUCUUAUUACCACUGAGCUACAUCUGCUGUCCACAAACCUUCUUUGGGGUGGGAGUCAGGGGAUUGAAUCCAGGGUAUUUAACCACAGGGCCACAUCCACACCCCCUUUUUUAAAUUUUGAGACAGGGUCUUUUAAAUUACUUGGGGCCUUGCUGAGUUGCUGAGGCUGGCUUUGAACUUGCCAUCUUUCUGCUUCAGCCUCCUAAUAUACUG